AUGUCCAGCCCCGCAAUCCACAAGUAUGGGACUGACGAUGGCUGGCACGGCGUGAUCCAAGAAGGUGGAGAGUUUCCUCCAGAAAAAGAUCGAUACCAUCUUUACAUCGGUCUCUUCUGCCCCUACGCCCACCGCACAAACCUAAUCCGGCACCUCUUCAACCUCCAAGACUACCUCCCAAUCUCCAUCGUACGCCCUUACCCAAAAGGCGAACCCGGCUGGCGCUUCGACGCCACCUACCCAGGCAGCACCCCGGACCACCUCUUCAACAGCCAAUUCCUCCACCAAAUCUACUUCCGCUGCGACCCCGCCUACAAGGGACGCUACACGGUCCCCAUGAUCUGGGACAAGAAAGCCCAAAAAAUCGUCUGCAACGAAAGCGCCGAAAUGGUAAAAUGGCUUCCUAGCGCUUUCUCUUCUCUGAACCCACCACCAUCACCACCACCAGCUACCGUAAGGACGCUCUACCCAACCUCGCUUCAGGCCAAAAUCGACGAGACGAAGCAAUGGAUGACAAAUCUCAUCUGCAACGGCGUCUACAAAGCCGGCUUCGCACCGUCUCAGGCGCCAUACGAAGAACACGUUGUCCCGCUCUUUGCCGCCCUCAACAAGCUCGAAGCCCUGAUUCACGGCAACGGCGGUCCCUACAUCUUGGGCUCCCACAUGACGGAGCUGGAUAUCUUUGCGUACCCGACCAUUGUGCGCUUCGAUACUGUGUAUGCCCAGCAUUUCAAGACAAAUCUCGGGUCCAUACGACAUGACUAUCCCGUGCUGAAUAAUUGGUUGAAGGGCUUGUAUUGGAAUGUCGAGGGGUUCAAGGAGAGUACCGAGUUCAGGCAUAUCAAGGAGAAUUACACGAAGAGUCAUGAGAGUAUCAAUCCGUUGGCUAUCACGCCCUUGGGACCGUAUCCUGAUGUCGAAGAGGGGUAUGAAGAGGAUUGGAGUAAAUUGAAGCCAGGAAGAGUUGCGCAUCCGAGGGUGCUGGAGGCGCAGAGUAAGCUCUGA